UAAUCGAAUGCGGAAACAAUGGAGCGCGUCUAAGUGGAGCAUUCGAUGUGGGCGAUGGUGGGCGCCUGUUUUCUUGGCACAAAACCAGUCGAAGGCGAAGCGAAAAGGCCAACGAACAGCGGCAACAGAAGCAGCAGGUCUUAUGGCCAGAUUGAUCGAGUUGAUGUCUUAAUGAGCUUAUUGCAGAACGCAGAGUUACUUGGACAACUGAAAAACGAUGGGAGUAAUGUUUCAGUGAUUACAAAGUAAUUAAGUUGAACAUAAGGAACUCAAUGUUGGAUAAAAGGAAAUUUGUCCGUUUACUUGAGGGCAGUCAAUGAUAUAACUGAUCGACUUUAAAAAGGUCCAAAUGGAAGGCGAAACCUAAUGUAGCAGAAAAUUACUUUAUAUGCACAUGGCAGAGCUGCCGAUAGAUGGCGCUACGAGUUCAUUGGCGACCCCGAAGGCCUCGCCUAUCGGCAGGCAAUAAUCGAGCCGAACGGCAAAUUUAAUUUGCUUUAAAUUGUUGCUAAAUGCGAGCAAUUGAAAUUUAUGCCAGCACAACACCACUCUGGAAAACAAAAAACAAAACAAAAACCGUGAUAAUCUGCAGCGACAAAGCCUUGCCACAGCCUCCCGGCCACCAUCAUCGCAAUCAUCACCAUCGUCAUCAUCAUCAAUUUAGCCAGAAAUCGGUGACGCCGCCGGUUGCACACUGCGUGAAAUAGCCAAAGAAAUACUUGGAGUAUUUGUCAUGCAACAAUAUUAAUAAUUAAAAAGCAAAUUCCUUAGUUUAAAAAAAUGUUAAAACAUCAAAACUCCGUCAUCCAUUCUUAAAACACUUAAAUGAGGACAUUUCCUGGAACUUUACUUCGACGUGCCUCAUAAUUCGCCACGAAAUCCAAGUUGAUCCAAAUAAAUACCAAGAAUGAGUAUCAUUUAUGGUCUGGCAACCAAAGUUCAACCUUAAAAAUGGAGAUCCGACACAAGUCAAGCUUUGGUAGCUGAUACCAUCUCAAUCAAAGACGAAUAAACAUUUUUAACUAUUUUCAAGUGAGCUCAAGCAAUGUCUGACUUGUACAAAUGAAUGUCAAGCGCUGCUGCAGCAGCAAAUAAAAUUAGCAAUAAAUUUAAAUAAAUAACUGCCUGGCAAUAUUAGAUCAUACGAAAUCUCAGGGGGCCGUCUACGCGUACUCGUGCUAGCAGCACUCAAAACACUCGAAACGAAACCGAAAAUCCAUCCGAAUCGGAAAUCACUCAAGAGAGUGCCCCAAAGACCAACUGGGACCGUACUAUGCGAUACAGUACGAUACGAUACGAUACGAUCCCAUCCGAUCCGGCCAACGCAAAAAGCACCCACACAUCGGGUGGAUGUGGAUAUUUGGGGAAAGAGAGAACUGGUUUCUCUUCAAUGACUUUGUGCUGGGCUGUUUUGUGUUGGCGUUGGCGAGCGCCAGUGGGUUUCUCGGUUUAUUGGUCGUCGCUGAGAAAACGAGACUUUGCUGCCUUUUAAUGCGGCAUUUCAUUCAUUGAUCGUUCCAAUAGCGCGCCGCACGCUCAGCGCAGCGGACAAGUGAGCCAAAAGUCCGACUUCCACUGCCAUCGCCGCCCACCUGAGCCGCUAACCUGGCUAACGGAGUCAAAGCCAACUGGGCAGUAGUCAGCUGAUUUAGCUGCCACCGCAUCCCAAGCCAAGCGAAGUCAAACCAUCCCAGCGAUCCGCGAGAUAUAUCUAUUCAGUGCACAGCCGACAAGCGCAGCAGGCGGACGCAGCGCAGCAUUUUCUCCGUGUAUUUUCGUAUGCCAUCUCGGGAUAUUGGAUACAGAUACAGAUUCCGAGAUACAGAUACACAGAACGCGAGCGACGCGCACUCAUAGAUAUUUUUAGCAACCGGCCUCACGCACACCGCCGCACAUAUUAGUACCGCCGCACUGACACACGCGGCUUGCACGUUUUCACGGAAAAUCCAUUCCUCGAGGCUUUUCCAGCCAGCCCAAGAUAAACACAACUCAAGAAUGCGCGAAAACCGUACCGAAGUUCUUAUCAAUAGUUCACAACCGCAACAACCGCAACCACAAGCACCGCAAAAUCAAUUCAAACCAAAACAAGUUCCAGAGUUUUUGAGGAAAUAAAAACUGAAAACAAACCUUUUUUGUUGUGUUAACAUGCCAAAUUUAUGCAUGAGCUAAUAACUUUAAAUCCGAAAAGAAUGAAAAAAGCCCAAGCAAAACAAAAUUCAAACGAAGAUCGCAUAUCAAAAUUAGUUGGGUGACUAAUUAGACAGCGCGUUGUCGGAAUUUCAAUUUGCAUACUUUGGCGCAACUUUAAUGAACCAAAAAUUAAAAUAAAAACAUCAACAAAUCUUAAUCAGAGUGCACAACUGAAUUCAAAUCAUCCCGAAAGACCAACCCCGUAGCCAUAUAUUGUUGGAUUUAUGAAAUCAAAAAGAUGAAGUCCAAUACGUACGAGCUGCACAACUACGCCGAUCUGAAUGACAUGGCCAGCGCGACGGAGUCCAAGGAUUCGCGGAAGAGGAAGACGGCCAGUGCUCGAGGCGAGAAGUAUUCCCUGCGACAGAAGCGACAAAAGAGGGGCUCCAACGAGGAUGGGGAGUCCGCCAGCCUGCCAGACUUUCAGCUAGAACUGGAUCCCAUAGCGGAGCCGGCUAGUAAAUCGAGGAAAAAUGCACCCACCAAGUCCAAGACGAAAGCACCGCCACUGAGCAAAUACCGGCGGAAAACAGCGAAUGCCAGGGAGCGAACUAGAAUGCGUGAGAUCAACACGGCCUUUGAGACACUGAGGCAUUGUGUUCCCGAAGCGAUCAAGGGCGAGGAUGCGGCCAAUACCAACGAGAAGCUGACCAAGAUCACCACCCUGAGACUGGCCAUGAAGUACAUCACCAUGCUGACCGACUCGAUUCGGGAUCCCAGCUACGAGAGCGAAUUCAUAGGGGAGUGUCUGGAGGAGAGUGCCAAUCGGGAGGCGAGAGUGGACUUGGAGGCGAACGAGGAAGCCGAGGUGGAAGUGGAGCUACCCGUUCCAGUUGCCAAGAAGCCAUCCAAGUCCAAGGGCAGUGGCAAGAAGAGCUCCGCCGCCAGCAAAAGACAGAGCCAAAAGCAGGCCAAGAUAGUGCCCCAGAUACCACCGACAAGUUCUGGGGAGUCGUGCUACGCCACCUCCUCGAUUGGAUCGCCUGCCUCCUCCGCCUACGCAUCGCUCUCCUCGUCAUCGAACAGCCACAGCAGCAGUAGCAGUCCGGGAUUGGAGCUGGACGGUCUGGUGGGAUUGAACGGAAUCAGCGCCCUAGACUCCCUGCUUCUGGAUGCCUCCGAUGGCGAUUCCCUGUCCUGCCUGAGUCCCGGCUAUGGAAGUCUGCUCACUGGCAGCGGGGAAUCCCUGUUGCCCGGUUGCCGAGGCGAUCUGCCCAUGUCGGGUCUGGAGAAAUCGGAUGUGGAACUCAGUCUGCGAUUACUGGACCAGAGUUCCAAGGAUUCCUUCGACUUUGCCAGCGAUCAGCAGCCAUCGGCCUGUAUUAGUUCGUUCUCCGCUCUGGAGGGCUAUCCUUUUGACCUGCUGCACAGCGAUUUUCCGGAUAUGUUUCUCACGUGACGCGUAUUUCUUAGCAACCCUAACUACUCUCCUUUAAGCCUAACCCUCGUCUUAAGUUAGAGUGCGAGUUUUAACCCGACUUUCACUAUUAGCCAUUACAUGCGAUGCGCCAUUGAGGCGGAAUUCAUUGUGUCAUAGCAAGCAGCUGGCAGGAUAUGUAUAUCCACAUCCUGCGAAGGCAAUAGCUGCUCACCGCCACAUCCACAUGAUAACUCAACUCAACUAGUGAUCUAAGCAUUUCUUUGUGACGCAUUUCUCGUUAUCCUGUAAAUAAAGCACCCAGUGUUGAUUCAAGCAAUCUA